AUGGCUGGCGGAAGUGAUCUGCGGGUCGUGCGGAGGGCCCCCCCAGUGAGGGAGCGGCACACUCAGGGUUACGCCCUGGCCCUGUUGGGGGGGGCGCUGACAUGGAAUCCCGGAUGCCCUCUCCAGCCAGCCCUGCUCCCAGAGGCAGCUGGCAGUGAGGAGGGGGGAGUAAACCAAGCCUGCUACCCAUGGGUGAACCAGCGCGCGGACCCCGCCCCGGCCCGCGGGCCCCCGCCGCGCCGCCCGCGCGGGGGGCUCCUACCUCCUUCCCGGGGCAGCGGCGAGGGGGCCCGGCCCCGGCGGCGGCGGUGGCGGCGGCUGCGGCUGGGCUGGCUCCCUCCGAGGGGCCGGGAGGCGGCAGUGAGCCUGGCCCCGCGCCACCCCCCGCCGCCGGCGGCCAAUCCCCACCCGGGCUGGGGGGAGGGCGAUGCAAAUUACCCCGGAUCUGGGUCCGCCCGCCCGCCUCCCCCACGCCCGAGCCCGGCCUGCACUAGGCCGCGCAUCCCCGGGCUCGCUUGCGCCGCGCGGCCGCUCGGGCCGCCGCCCUCCCCGGGGAGCGCCGGGUGGGUGACCCCCCCCGGGGCGGGGGGCCGAGGGGAGGGGGGCUGGGGACGGUUACACAACCAGGCUGGGAGGGGCCCCGGGGCGGGGAGGGGGCCGGCCCGCGGGCCGCGCAGCCGGAAGCCGGGUACCGCCACCGGCCCCCGGCGAGGGGAGCCCGGCUUCAGGCCCCGCCCCCAGGCCGCCUCGGCCCGCCCCCGCGCCGCGCCGCGCGAUCGGCCCGCGCCCAUUGGUUCGCCGGCCCGCCGCUCACCGCCCCUCCUCCGCACCGCCCCUACCCGCGGACCGCGGCGGGCCGCCGGCGCGAGGCACCCUGGGACGUGUAGUCCGAGCCGCCUGCCACCUGCCAGCCGCAAGCGGCGUGGGGACUACGACGUCCAGAAGUCCCCGCGGCCGCUCCCGCCCACCGGGACACUCCACCCCUUCCCCCUCCUUUGCAAAGCCCCCCUCCCUGUUUUUUCAGCCCCCUCCCCCCCAUCCCCCAUGGAGCUCAACCCUGGCCAACUCCAACGUAUGCACGCAGCACCGAAUAGGCCCCCGGGGGGGCGAGAGCACCCCCAGUACCUAGCUGCAAACUUAGCACGCGACGCGCCCCCCUAUCUCCCCACGCCGGUUUCCCCCACCCUCAAUGCGGCCCCGCUUCCCCUCCCCCGCUCUCCGCGCGCCUGGGAUCCCCGAAAAGCCAUGCACUCGCGGGGGGGGGGCCCGCUGGGGCACAAGUCCAUGCACUUGGCCCCCAAUUCCCCUUCCCGGGCGGCGACCCCUCCCCGCGCUCGGGAUCCAGGGUGCCUUCAGCCUCGGGGCAGCUGCCAACCACCCCCUCCUCUGAAACUUGCGGAGCGUCCCCGGCUCCGCGAUCUCCCGUUCCCGGGAGGGCAGAGGUGGGCGCAGCGCCCCCGGCCCGUCCCCGCCCUGCACCCCGUGCGGGGGGUCGCGCCGGGCGCUGACUUACCUCGCGCGGCCGGGCCGGGGCCGGGCCGGGCCGGGGCGCGAGGGGCCGGGGCCCGGAGUUGGGACUGGGCUCCUCGGCCGCUCGCCUCCGGGGUCCGCGUCUCUCGCUCUCCGCCUCUCGCGCUCUCCCCUCGUCGCUCCCUCGCUCCGGCGGCGGCGGCGGCGUCACUGCCCCUACAGGUGAAGCCGCCUCCUGCCCGGGCUGCUCCCAGGUCCUCGGGCUUCACCGGCACGCGCUCCGGGCCAGAGCUAACAUUUAACCAGCAGCCCAGGGUGGUCAAACCAGGGCCUGUGCAGGCUGCCCUGCUGGGGACGCCCUCUGCCCGGGACCCUCGGCGGCCCUCCGAGCCCGGGCCUAUGCGAGUUCCGCUGCUGGGGCCAGGAGCCCCCAGUGUGACCACCACAGAUGUCCCGGACAUGGCCCUGCGUCCCCAGCCUAGACGUGGCUGCCGGGGCAUCAGGCUGGGGCUGGCACGGCGUGCCACGACCUUGCCAGGUCUGCAGGCCUGUGCCCUGCGGAAAGGGGGCGCGGGCCCACACAGGGCGGGGUCACCUUCUACCCCGACCCCCAGGUCAGGAGACACCAAAACCACCAGCUCCUACAGGACUUCCAAGGAGCCUUGCCCCCUCGCCGAGGAGCCCCCGCCAUCAGGUCCGCCGGCGGAGAGCCCGGCGUGUGCGGGAGAUGGCAGUGGGGAGGAAGCCCGGGAGGCGCUGGUCUAG